CUCCUCGAGGCUCGAAUGGUUUGACUCUGAAAAGUGAAAUAGUCGGUCUGUAUAAUGUGUUGCAUGUAUAGAGAUCGAAACUCGUAGCUGGAGUUGUCUGGCGUCAAAAGUUUUACAGCCGCAGUGCCUAAUUCACAGCUGUCAACGUGCACCAGAUACCUUUAAAUCUCGUCGAAUUUCUUGUACAGAAGUCACGAGAAUCGAGCAAACAAAAAAAAGAAAAAUUUACGCGGCUCGUUGUACUUAACCUUAACGUCGGGAAGCUCGAACGCACCCGCUGAACAUCGUCUGCUUGACCCAUGAACAAGAAAUGGCGUCGAGCAUGCACCGCUGGACAUCGGAAUCCGGGAUCUUACGGAAAAACCGAGGAGAUGAAGAGCCCAUGGAAUUGUUAGUCUUUGGUUACAGCUGUAAACUCUUCCGCGACGAUGAGCGAGCUAAAUCCAUUGAUCAGGGCAAGCACCUUAUCCCUUGGAUGGGCGAUAACUCGCUUAAGAUUGAUAGAUACGAUGGAAGAGGUGCUUUGGGAGAUCUUCGCUCUCAUGAGCCUCCACCUGGUGGAUUCGAUUAUCGUACCAUUCUAACUGAGGAUGAAAUGCGGAUUGAGCAAACUUGUGAUGAGGAGCGUUACAGAUCUUUGUACAAUAAUGAUGCUGAAGAAGCUUUGAAGCAUGAGGAAGAAAUAAAAAGGUUACACCAAGCUCUUGGCUCAGAUGGAUCUUAUAAUCAAGUAGGAUUCAAUUACGAUAAUGAAAAGAAAAUUGAAGAAGAUUCUCAAAGUCCUAAGCAGUCAGAAGGGUCUACGGAUGACGACGAGCCUUAUGUGCCUAUUCCAGAACUAGAGUUACCUGAAAACAUAAAAUUGCCGGAAACUCAGAAACUCAAUGCCAUUAUUGUAAAAACGGCACUCUUCAUAAGCAAACAAGGAAAUCAAAUGGAAAUUCUUAUCAAAGCUAAACAAGCCAAUAAUCCACAAUUCUCUUUUCUAUCUAUUGAUGGGGAAUUGCAACCUUACUACAAACUUGUAUUAGAGGCUAUAAGGUCGGGCAAAUAUGAUCCAGAAAAACAGCCUGAACCAGAAGAACCUGAAAAAAAAGAUUCAGAAUCAGAAGAUGAUGAUGAUGACAAUGAUACAUAUCUUCAUCCAAGUUUAGCAUCAUCUCUCAAAGUUGAAGCUGCACCAAGCAUACCCAGUAUUAAUUACAAACCAUCGAAAGAUUGUGCAUACUCAAUGUUGGUCAAUAAAAUCACUGGAAAACCUCCUCCUGUUAAUAGGGUUUCGUCGCCCUCUCAACCACAACCUCAGCCACCUCAAGGCGAGGUCAUCCCACCGCCUCCAAUGCCUCCAUAUGGUUAUUAUGGAAUGCCGAAUUACGCACCUUAUCCUCCACUACCACAGCAGUAUACUCAUGGCCCAGUGCUUUAUGGUGCAAAUGGAGCUCCUGCUCCGCCUCUUCCAGUUCCUUUGCCACCAAGCACGACUCCAAUUGUUAAACCUCCAGUAAUCGCUCAAACACCGCAAAAAGAACCAACGCCGUUGGUACCUUAUGGUCCCACGCCCCCGAAACCACUCAAUAGGCCUUCUUUCAUUGUACCUCCAGCUGAUGUACAAAUAAUUAUUGAUAAAAUGGCUAGUUAUGUAGCCAAAAAUGGUCGAGACUUUGAAACUAUCGUUAAAAACAAAGGCGACCCACGUUUCAAUUUUCUAGAGUUAUCGCAUCAAUACUAUGGUUAUUAUGCCCAUAAACUUGUUAUUUACGAAGGUGGUGCUAAUUCUCGAGUACUUACAGAUGAAGAAUUGUUACAAAAACAAGAAACUCAAGAAGAAAAACAGAAAAAGCUCGAAGAAAUACACAAAAAACAAAAGCGCAUGGAAGAAGUUCAAAAAAGAAUUAAAAUGAUUCAAGAAAAGAAGAAGAGUGAUAAUGGUUCCGAAGAAAGUACUGAAAAGCAAAUAAUGCCUGUUUCAUUUUCUAUCAAAAAGCCUAAGGAAGGUGAUACUAGUGUAAUUGAAAAACGAAAUGCUCUUCCAGUCGAAGAAAGCGACGAAGAAGUAACUGACGAGAAAAAACACACGCGUUCUAAAUCUACUUCACCUACUUCUACUACAAAUAAUAUUAACAAUAAAAGGAUUGAGAAAGACUUAUCAAAGCGCCCAGAAAAAGAGUUGUCAAAACGCUCAGAAAAAGAAUCAUCAAAACGCUCAGAAAAAGAGUUAUCAAAACGCCCAGAAAAAGAGCAUCGAGAUAGUCGAUCUUCUCGAAACCCAAUUGACACUCGAUCUUCGAAUGACUCCAGAGAAACUAAACUUUCAAAAUCUUCUAAAACUUACAAUACUAUCAAGUGCCAGGAUGUAAAACAGACUAAAGAUGUGAUAUCUGUAAAAGAAUCCAAACCUCACCAAGAAAAAAGUAAAAUUCCUAAAGACUCGAGUGUGCAACCUAUAACGCAAAUUGUGGACGGAGAUUUUGUUGAUCUGACUAAUGACAGUGCAGAGGAGAGUAAGAAGGAAUCGUCUGAUAAGCAAUUGGACGACAAAAAUAAACAGAGAUUAUUGAUGGUAGCUCGAAAGAAACUAGCCGCUGAACGUGAAAAACAAUUACAAUUAGAAAGACGGAAAAAAGCUUCUGCAUUCCUGAAUCAAAUUAAAGCAAAAAAAAUUGAUGUCAAGCCAGAUAAUGAAGCAGCCAAACCAUUGCCCAAACCAAGUAUUCCUAAGCCAGAGCCUGCAGUAGUGCCAGUUGUUACCAGUGCUGAUGCUGAUCUUGAGGAGCUCAGACAGACUGCCACUUCGCUUAUAUCAAAAAUACGCGAAGUAACCGAGAGGGCAAGGAAACGCUCAAUUAGUUCCAGCAGUAGUUCUAGCAGCAGCUCAAGCAGUACCAGCAGUAGUAGCAGCAGCAGUACUAGUACCAGCAGUAGUCAUAAGCGAAGUCGCAGUAGCAGUCAUUCAGAUAAACACAAAAGUCAUAAGAAAUACGACAAAAGAAAACCAUCACACAAAAGCAGACACAGAGAAACCAACAGUAGUUCUCAUUCUCACUCUCACAAAAGUCGAAAAAGCAAAAAAUCCACGUCCAGCAGUAAGCACCGAUCGCGGUCCAGGAGUCCGCAUAAGCAACACUCAUCUCGACGUCAUAAGCGAAGCAAACGCAAUGACUCGUCUGAAGCAAGUUCAUCGUAAUGUUAUUUGUUCGUGUAAAUAAACGAAACUGUAAAAUAGUUGUAAAUUAUCGUUUUUCUGAGAAUUUUA